AUGGAAGGUGAUGAUGUCACCCUGGAACUUGAUAUUCCUACGGAACAAGCCAUGGUCGUGAUCGAAGGUGUUGAAGUGAAAUCCUCGGAAGAACCGCAACCAUCCUCAAGCCCUCCGGCUUACAGUGGCCAUGGGAAGAUACAACCGCCACCGCCCUCAUCAUCUGACUUUGAGUCAUUCCGGACUUCUCUUGCCUCUUUGAAAGGACAAGAUGCAUCUCUCAGUGCAGCGCUGACUUCUCUUUCGGAGCUGUCACACGACAUUUACUACGGAUCGGAACUCAUGGCUGAUGAGGCGGCAGUUUCUGCCCUAAUAUGCCUCAUGGCCAAGGAAUCUUCAUUUGAAGAUGGUAGUGAUCAUUCAGCGUCUGCAAUUCUCUCUAGUUCUCUACAGAAUAAUCCUACUGCCGUCGCCUCCCUGUCUUUGUUCCACGAUAGCAUCAUGGCGCCCACUUGUCCUGCCCUUCGCGUGAAAGGAUUAAGUCUUAUUUCUGCACUCCAGAAAAAGCUAUCGGCCCCCAACACGUCACCUUCCUCUCUCAAAUCUCAAAUAGCAGCCCUGAGUGGCCUCUUAAAAUCGCCUCAAAUCCAAAAGUCUUUCCUGAAGCAAGAUGGUACUUCAUACCUACAGUCCGUCUUCUUAAAGUCUGGAAUUGAAUACGAUGUCGUCCGUAAACGUGUCGUUCAACUUUUGAUGGACAAUUUCUUGGAUGAAAGCAUGGGUGCGCGGUUGGGAGUCUGGCCGAAGGUGGAUGUAGUUCAGAAGGGUGAGAAGGAAUGUAAUGGUGAUGCUGUUAAUGAUGAAUGUUGGGCAUGGUAUGGGAAAGAGUUUUAUGGGACGGAAAGUGGAAAGAAAGAGUGGAUGGGUGAAUUUUUAGAAAGGAUAGGUCAAGGUAGUCAAGGCGGGGAGAGGGACAGGGAAUUAUGA